UAUCUUCUUAAUGAAUAUGAAAUUAGAUAGUGUGAAGAUGAUAUUAAUCUUGUUAGGUUAUAUUGUGUAUUUUGGAAAUAUGGUGAACGUCAAUAAUCAUUUUGUGGAUGCAGAAAGAGUAGAAAAUUUUAGCGAUUUCGAAAAACCUCAGGCCAAAAUCAUCAAAACUACACAUGGCGAUACAUACGAAUGUGUGGAUUUUUAUAAACAACCAGCAUUUGAUCAUCCAUCGAUGAAAAAACACUUAUUCAAUUAUAAAUUGCGUCGAGCAUCAUCCUCAAAAAGAACAAGUAAUGAAAAUUUUGGUUUCUUGUGGGAAAAUGGCAUAGGCUGCCCCAAUGGAACAGUACCCAUAAACAUAGUUACUAAAGAUGAAUUUCUAAGAUUAAGUUCAUUCUCUAAACCUCGAGGUUCUUGGAAUUCCAGCAAUAAUCAAAUUAAUGUUGGUAAUGAUCAACACCAUUUUGCGGUGUCUCGUACCAAGGAAAGAAAAAGGAAAAGGUACACUGGAGCAACAAUGGUAGUUUCUAUAAAUGAUCCUAAAGUUAAAUAUGGGCAAACUAGUUCUUCUCGUAUGCAUGUUCAGUUUGGAGAUGAUUUCAUUCAAAUCGGUUGGAUCGUAAAUCCGAAGUUAUAUCAUGACAGUAAAACUCGAAGUUUUGUGUACACAAAAGCUGGUGAUAAUCAGUGUUAUAAUCAAAUGUGUUCAAUUGGGAUCAUAUCAGUCCGUUCAGAUUUUCCUCUUGGUUCGAUUCUAGGUCCUCCUUGUGUUCGUGGCUCUAAAACAGGUUCAUAUGAUACAUUUGGCUUACUAAAGGACAAGAUAAAUGGUAAUUGGUGGCUCGAAUUCAAAGGAGUAGAAAUUGGGUUUUGGCCGGCAAUUAGAUUUCAACACAGCUAUGCUAUAAAGAUUGAAUGGGGAGGAGAAGUAUAUAGUGCAUUUAUGCCGAGUCCUCAGAUGGGAAACGGUCAUUUUCCGGAUAAACAUCCAGCUUUCGAUGCAAUUAUCUUUAACAUAACUACAUUUGACGAAAAUUAUAUUAUUGAUAAGUGGGUAAAUAAUACAGAGAUAUUUAGAGAUAAUUAUCAUGGUUAUAAUGUGAUAAAUGGUAGGUAUGGUGUAUACUCAUAUUUUCCAAGCAAACAUAUCAUAUAUUUUGGAGGUCCUGGAAAUAUCUAAAAGAGAUAAAUUAAUUAAUGGAAAAAUAGAAAUAAAUUCUUAUAAACCAAUUGUAACCGAGAAUAAAAAAUAAACUGAUUUUAUAUAAUGUAGUCUA